ACUACACAAACAAAAAUGUAAACAAUUGUCUCUUGGUUUAUUUCUCUAUUUGUUGUGUUGAUACUAGGAAGAAUUUUUAUUAAAAUGUCUAAUAAAAAUGUUAAAAAUAAUAAUACUAUUACAAAAAAAUGUGGAGAAAUUACAAUCACAAUGAAAAAGAAUGCAAAAAAUGUUUAUUCAUUCAAUUGUUGGUUUUGUAAUACCAUCUGUGUACAAAUGAAAAAGUUCGCUUUGCAUCUUGAACAGGAACAUGUUAACCAGUUGGAAGAAACAACUUUUACUGUUGCAAAAUGUAAUAAUGAAGAUAAUCUGGAUGAUAAAACAGAAAUUCAAAAAGAAGCCGUUUUAAUUGCUGAUAAUAUACUGAUUGGAGAAAUUAAAAUAGAAGAUUAUGAAAAUGAUGAUAUUAAACCGGAAAAUGAGGACGAAAAGCCACAAAUUGUAACAAGAUCUCAAAAGAAUAAAUUAUCACCAACAUUUCAAGACCCCUUAGAAACCUGUGAUAGUAAUGAAAAUGAAAUUAUACUGCCUGUUUUACAAGACAACAAGGAAGAAAUUGAAUUUAAAAUAGAUACCGGUGCAGAUACAGAUGAAAUUUUCGAGGAUAUGGACACUAAUAACUAUUCAGAUGAUGAAUAUGUUGAAGAUAGUUCAGUAAUUAGUGGAGAAGAUAAUUUUACCGAGAGCGACAACAAUAUUGAAGAUAAUACUGAUGAAGAAUUAAUAGAAACAAAAGAAAAAGAAUUCACAUUAGCACUCAUUGAAUCGUAUUAUCAAAAGUCACAACUAUGGAAUACAUCAAGAAAAUGUAGACCAAAGGUGAAAAGGGCCCUUUUACAAAAUAUUACUGAUGAAGUGAACCUUAAACUAAAAUCUAAAUUUAAAGUUGACACCGUGACGCAAAAAUUAAAUCUUAUAUGCAGGCAAUAUGAGAAAGUAAUUAAGUACCAGUUAAAGGGUAGUAGAAAGAAAAAGCAUACCAAGUUGUGGUUUUCUGAACAUAUGAGUUUUCUUAAAGCAAUAAUUGAAUGUAAAUUGAAAUUAAAAAGGAAAAAAACAUAUACUAAAGUGAAACCUUUAAGCGAUGACUUGUUAUGCAUAAUAAUUGAUAUAUACAAAAACUACAUUAGUUUAUGGAAUGUUAAUGAUGUAGCUUAUCCCGUCAAAGAAAAACGCUUUGAAACUUUGGAGUCUAUGCUAGACGAUGUUAAUAAGAUACUUGAUACUCCCAUAGAUGUAGAUAAUCUAGAGAAACAUCUAUUAUAUAUACACAAAUCAUAUUCUCAGGAUAAGCAACUCAAAUUAGAAUGUGAUGCAAAACAACAAGAUUUCCAACCCACAUAUUCCUUUUCGAAUAAGUGUACUUUUUUAGAAGAUCAUGUAGGACCAUUCCAAUGUCCAUAUUGCAAAAAAAUGUUUAUGAAAUUCAAGGAUUUUUUUAUACACAAAUCCCAACAUGAUGGCUCCGAUCCAUUUAAAUGUCAAGAAUGCGGCACAGGUUUUAAGGCACAUGGAAACUACACUAUACAUGUUAAACGCCAUUUGGGCGUGCUUAAAUUUCGGUGCGAAAUCUGUGGCAAAGGCUAUCCCGUAAAUUCUGAACUAGAAUUCCAUAUGAGUACACACAAUGAUACUCAACCUUAUUUGUGUUCGAUAUGUGGCGAGAGUUUUCGUACUUCCGCUGGUUAUGAUAAUCAUAUACGUCGGCACGAAGAAAGAUUUCGACAUUAUUGCGAUAUAUGUAAAAAAGGGUUUAAUUGUUUAACUACUCUUACUGAUCAUGUCAAUGCUCACCUCAAUGUUCGAGAUUUUAUUUGUAAUGUAUGUGGUAAAAGUUUUACUGCUAAAAAGUAUUUAAUGUAUCAUAGGCGUAUACAUGGAAGUAAAAACUAUAGGUGUAAUAUUUGUGGUAAGUCCUAUGCACAGGAUGCUGGUUUAAGGCAACAUAAAAAGCAACACGGUAUUCCAAUUGGUAGUAUUGGUAAAAAUAAAAAGAAGAAUGAAUAAAAUAAUAAAGGAAAUUUAAUUU